AUGCUCAAACGAUACGUCGGUCAAGGAGAAGUUGAAGGACCAUGGGAAAUCUUGCAGAUCGACUAUCGCUUCUUGUCACUGUGGGAAGAGAAGAGGUGGAAGAGUCUGCAGCUCAAAAUACAGCAGCAGCAGCGGCAAUCACAAGAAACAUUACCAUCUACUUCAUGGCCGGACCAAGAGCUUUCUGGUCUAACCCUCAAUGUGAACGGCAUUCUGCUACCGAGAUUAGAUGGAGCUCCUUCACGAGAGAUGCCGUCUCAGCUCAUCAAGACAGCAACAACCGACUCAAACUUGAGAAACAUCGCUCAAGGACUUCUGGGGUCGAGUCCGAUUCUACUCACAGGUCUUGCCGGCUCGGGCAAGACCCUUCUCGUGCGCCACUUCGCAUGGCAGCUCAACAAGCUCGACAAGAUGGUUACCCUUCACCUCAAUGAGCAGAGUGACGCAAAAUUACUGAUAGGAAUGUAUGCUACUGGAGCGAAACCUGGAACUUUCAGCUGGCGUCCCGGCGUCCUCACCACUGCUGUACGUGAAGGGAGGUGGAUCUUCAUCGAGGACUUAGACCGCGCACCCAACGAAGUUGUCAGCACUCUACUGCCACUCAUCGAACGUGGCGAACUUCUCAUUCCCAGCCGUGGCGAGACAGUACGAGCAGCGAGGGGAUUCCGGAUCAUUGCCACGAUGCGUAGUACGCUCAACCCCCGCGGCCAGGCGAUUGUACCGCGCCAAAACAUGAUUGGGCACCGCCUUUGGCACUCUGUCACAGUUUGUAUGCCAGAGCUGGCAGAGUUUGAGCAGAUCAUAACUACGACCUACCCACGCUUGCGAGAACACUUGUCCGGAAUAACUAAAGUGUACGCUCGCCUGAUCGAGCUUUACUCAGACCCCAAGUUCUCUUCUGAGAAUGGCACCUCGCUACGAGCGAUAACACCACGAGACCUUCUGAAGUGGUGUGACAGGAUAGAUGUUCUGCUUGCGCCUUCGCGGCCAUUCAGUACUGCGCAGAAAGACGAAAUCUUGAUGGAAGGUUUCGAUUGCUUCGCAGGAAGUCUGCGUGGCGAGAGUGCACAACUCAAAGUUAUGGCGUGUGUAGCUGAAGAACUGCACAUUGAUCCCCAACGCAUGAUCCAUCUGCUGAAGGACCGUGAAGUCAAGCUGCAGGUCGUUUCAAAGAGCUCGGCUUCAGGUAGUAUUCAGAUAGGACGAGUGAAGCUGUCGAAAUACAAAGUCUCGAAGCGCACUGGAUCCAGCCGACCAUUCUCAACUAACAAUUACACUCUUCGACUACUGGAGAAGAUCGCCGUGGCAGUCGACAGACAGGAGCCUCUACUACUUGUAGGCGAAACUGGUACAGGAAAAACAACAUGUAUCCAAUAUCUGGCGGAACAGCUCGGCCGCAAACUAGUCGCAUUCAACCUGUCCCAACAGAGCGAAAGUGGGGAUCUGCUCGGUGGUUACAAGCCAGUCAAUGUUCGCAGCCUAGUUGUUCCGCUCAAAGAUGAGUUCGAUGAUAUCUUCGACACAACGUUCUCCCGAAAGAAAAACCAACGCUUCAUAGAAACUCUAGGGAAGCGUGUGGCGAAAGGCGAAUGGAAGCGGGUAUGCACUUUGUGGAGAGAGGCCUUGAAGAUGGUGGAUGCGGCACGCAAGGCACAUGAGUCGCAAACCUCCUCCCCUGACCCAGACGGUGAGCAGCCAAAAAAGAAGAGAAAAACAGACUCUUUGCCUGCCAACUUUCCCAAUGCUCGAUGGGAGAAGUUCGCGACGAAUCUCUACGAUCUGGAGGCACAGCUAGCCAGCGGAUCAGAAGCCUUUGCCUUUUCGUUUCUCGAAGGCAACAUCGUCAAGGCAGUUCGGAAUGGCGACUGGGUGCUGCUAGACGAAAUCAAUUUAGCUUCUUCGGAUACUCUCGAGGCGCUCACUGAUUUGCUAGGUGGUGGCCCUGAUGGCAGGCCUUCGAUAUUACUCACUGAGACUGGAAAUGUGGAGCGUGUAGUUGCGCACCCCAACUUCAGAGUCUUCGCUGCCAUGAACCCUGCGACCGAUGUUGGCAAGAAGGAUCUACCUCCCGGUAUCCGCUCACGGUUUACUGAACUGUACGUGGAAAGCCCGGAUGGCGAUGAGACGAGCUUGCGCAACAUCGUCGAGAAGUAUCUUGGAGGUGACAACGCGGACCAAAACGUCACCAGGGUCGCUCAAGAUGUCACAACUCUCUACCUCAAGAUACAGGACAUGGCAAAGUCGAAUAGACUAGUCGACGGUGCUGAUCAGAAAGCACACUUCAGUCUCAGAACACUGACUCGAACACUCUCAUACGCGAGGGAGAUAGCUCCUUUGCGAACCCUUCGAAGGGCAUUAUAUGAAGGCUUCCACAUGAGUUUCCUGACCUUCCUCGGCAAAGCGUCGGAAGAUUUGGUUGCGCCACUGAUCACUGCACAUCUUUUCCCCCAGAAGGGAAUGGUCAAGACUGAACUUGGACAGCCUCUUCGACAGCCAAGUGACGGGCGGAGUUACAUCUCGCUGGGGCACUACUGGCUCCGACAAGGUGUGCAUGCUGUCGAAGAGCAAUCUCACUACAUCAUCACUCCUUUCGUCCAGCGCAAUAUGAAUAAUCUAAUACGCGCCGCAUCAACGCGUCGAUACCCUGUGCUCAUCCAGGGACCAACUUCUUCCGGUAAGACGAGCAUGAUCGAAUAUCUCGCAAAGAAGUCUGGCAACAGGUUUGUGCGCAUCAACAACCACGAGCACACCGAUUUGCAGGAGUACCUUGGCUCAUACAUCUCGGGCGUUGAUGGGAAGCUCAUCUUCCAAGAGGGCAUCCUUGUCAAAGCUCUGCGUGAAGGCCAUUGGAUCGUGCUGGAUGAACUUAACCUGGCACCAACAGACGUGCUCGAAGCGCUCAAUCGUCUUCUCGACGACAACCGAGAGCUCUUAAUUCCAGAAACACAAGAGGUGGUCCGACCACACGAUGACUUCAUGUUGUUCGCCACGCAGAAUCCAGCAGGAUUGUAUGGUGGUCGCAAGGUUCUGUCACGAGCAUUUCGAAACCGCUUUCUUGAACUACACUUCGAUGACAUACCAGUGGAAGAGUUGACGGAAAUCUUGCACCGCCGUACCAUGAUCCCAGAAUCCUGGUGUAAGCGGAUCGUCAAGGUGUACCAGGAGCUUUCGACUCUUCGACAGGAGAACCGCAUCUUCGAGCAAAAGAGUUUCGCGACGUUGCGAGACUUGUUCAGAUGGGCGCAGCGAAAGGCAGAUACCAUCCAAGAUCUUGCUAACAAUGGUUACAUGCUACUCGCUGAACGUGUUCGAAAAGAAGAAGAGCGUAUCGCUGUGAAGAAUGUCAUGGAGACCGUGAUGAGCAAGAACGGACCGAAGGUCAUCAUUGACGUGGAGAAGAUGUUCGCUGAGGAUGCUUGGUCUGGCAUUGCUCGUUUGAGCAAAGAUGCUACAGGCGCCAGCGCUGGUGUUGUGUGGACGGGUGCGAUGCGGCGACUUUUUGUCCUUGUCGCACACGCGUUACGGAACAACGAGCCUGUCCUACUCAUCGGAGAGACAGGGUGCGGCAAAACAACAGUCUGUCAGCUAUUGGCCGAUGAGUACAAACGUCAGCUUCAUAUACUGAAUGCACACCAAAAUACCGAGACAGGCGAUCUCAUUGGUGCGCAACGCCCGAUCAGGAAUCGUGCGGCCAUAGAGGAGCUCAUCCGGGAUCAAGUGAUAGACGUCUUUGAGAUUACGAAGCGGCUGGACUUCGAUCCUGCAGCGAUCGACCUUGGGCAUCUGUUAGACAUAUACGACAAGUUCGUGAAGGAGAUGCCGAAUGAGGUACCCACCAAUCACCGACAGGAGAUUCAUGCCAAUCGCAUCAAAGCCGCUGCCUUGUUUGAAUGGGCUGACGGAAGCCUUGUUCAUGCCAUGAAGCAGGGGCACUAUUUCCUUCUAGACGAGAUCUCUCUGGCAGAUGACUCCGUCCUCGAACGUCUUAACAGUGUCCUUGAGCCCUCUCGAACACUGUUACUUGCUGAGAAGGGUCCUAGCGAUUCAGAGAUCACCGCAGCAGAUGGCUUUCAGUUUCUAGCAACUAUGAACCCAGGUGGUGAUUAUGGCAAGAAAGAGCUAUCACCUGCACUUCGCAAUCGAUUUACCGAGAUUUGGGUGCCAGCUAUGUCUAACCUGGACGACAUCAUGCAGAUCGUGCAGUCCAAGCUGAGUCCCCCUGCAAAGCAAUACGCUGAAGCCAUUGUUUCGUUCUCGCAAUGGUUCAACGACAAGUACAACACUUCAGUCGCUUCCUCAAUUUCAAUACGCGACACACUGGCCUGGGUGUCGUUUGUGAGCAGCUGCCCUCAAGAUGAUCCGAUCUUUGGCGUUGUGCAUGGCGCUGCAAUGGUCUUCAUUGACACGCUAGGCGCGAACCCAGCUGGUCUUCUCGCCAUAUCUCAAUCCUCUCUAUCAGAUGAGCGAAAAGCGUGUUUGCAGCAACUGGGCUCAUUGCUUGGCCAAGAUGUCUCGCCACUAUACUUCAAUGAUAUUACGAUUACAAGCUCCAACCAUCACUUGCAGUUAGGCUCUUUUUCGAUACCCAAAUUCUCUACCAGAGGAUCGCGCUCGGCCGACUUCACGAUGGAAGCGCCAACAACGUGCUCAAACGCCAUGCGAGUUGUGCGAGCCCUUCAGCUCCCGAAACCGAUCCUUCUCGAGGGCAACCCUGGUGUUGGUAAAACCACUCUGGUCACGGCACUUGCUAAGGCGAUUGGCAAACCGCUGACCCGUCUCAAUCUCUCUGAACAGACUGACUUGAUGGAUCUGUUCGGCUCCGAUGUUCCGGUCGAAGGAGGAGCAGCUGGUACCUUUGCCUGGCGCGACGCACCGUUCCUAAAGGCCAUGAAAACCGGCGACUGGGUUUUGCUUGAUGAGAUGAAUCUAGCUUCGCAGUCUGUUUUGGAAGGCCUCAACGCAGUUCUUGACCAUCGUGGCGAGGUGUAUAUCUCUGAACUAGACCAGACCUUCCACAAGCAUCCUGACUUCAGAGUUUUUGCAGCUCAAAACCCACAUCACCAAGGUGGUGGCCGUAAAGGGCUUCCUGCGUCUUUUGUCAACCGUUUCACGGUGGUGUACGCAGAUGUAUUCCAGCCAGAGGACUUGGCAUUGAUCUGCAAAAACAAAUUCCCCGACAUUACAGAAGACGAGAUUACCAAACUCAUUGGCUUUGUUGCUGAGCUCGACAAGCAAGUUGUUACUCAUCGUUCUUUCGGCCAGCUGGGUGCGCCCUGGGAGUUCAACUUGCGUGACACCCUGCGCUGGCUGGAUCUACUCGCGUCUGAUGGUCUAACAGGCUCCGCAAGAGAUUUUCUCGACACAAUCUUUGCACAGCGCUUCCGCUCCGAAAGCGACCGAGCUCGUCUACUGAAGCUUUUCGAAACUGUAUACGGCCUCCACGAACCACGCAUCGCACUGUAUCACAAUGUAGGUACCGAAGUGUUUCAAGUUGGUCUGGGUCUGCUGUCGCGUAGCCCAGUUACCAGCAGCCCCGAACCUGUCUCGACUCUCAAGGUCAACCAACUAGGGCCGAUGGAAGCCUUGCUGAUCAGUGUCAAGCAACGCUGGCCAGUCAUCAUCGUCGGCCCGCCAGGUUCGGGCAAGACAUCUAUCAUCCAUCAGCUUGCUAGCCUCACUGGAGCUGAUCUUGUCAACUUUGCGAUGAAUGCGGAUGUUGAUGCUAUGGACCUCGUAGGUGGUUAUGAGCAAGUAGACCCGUUGCGAGAAGUGCAUCGUUGCAUGGAGAAGCUUGAAGAACACAUUCGGGCCCGUAUCUCUUCAGCUCAUCAAGAGUCACAAGCUCAUUUGAGAUUUCUCGAGCAGCUUGAAACCGGAGCGAUGGUAUCAAACACCGACACAGAAUCAAUCAUGCAAACGAUCGCCGAUUCUAGUCAGGAAGCAUCUACCCUCAUAAACAAUCUCCAAACACACUUCCAAGCUGCAGCUCAGCACAUAGAUGGCGCGCGCUUCCAAUGGGUCGAUGGCAUACUUAUCCGCGCUUUAGAGCAGGGCAAAUGGCUCGUGCUGGACAACGCUAAUCUCUGCUCCAGCGCUGUUCUCGAUCGACUAAACUCGCUCCUCGAGCCACAUGGCUACUUGUCGAUCAACGAGCACGCUACGGCCGACGGCGAAGCGCGGAUUGUGCGACCUCAUCCGAACUUUAGGAUCUUCAUGACGGUGGAUCCAAGGUUCGGCGAGCUCUCGAGAGCUAUGCGGAAUCGGGCCGUGGAGAUUUGCUUGCUUGGGCCACAGAAUGUAGAAGAGCACGGAGCUGUCAGUUAUCCGCUGGACUCGAAGAUGUACCGAUUCCGCGGGUUCCAGAUGAAUGAUGAGCAUCUCGAAUCUACGAGCAGUACACGCUUCCAAAAGCUGUCAUUUGAGGACAGUGACUUGCUGGAGAGCUUCACGAAACAAGUUAGGCAGGGACUCAUCUCCUCAGAAGCACUACCACAGCCGGUGGAAAACGACAUUUUGCACAUGGCUCAAUUCUUGAUAACUGCAUGGAUACCACAAGCCCGGUCACCACUACCAGCUGCGGACUCUGAUGUCGAUCUUGCACAACAGCAAGUGCCUUACCAUCCUUUCAGCAACGAACUCACGCUGCACCAAAGUGAUGCCUCGCUAUCCCAGGCAAUGUGGUCCGCAUCCGUCUAUGAAAUUAUGCUGGAUGUUUACAAGAUGCAGCUCGCCCUUGCGAGCCUGCCUUCAGCAAGACUUGAGCGUCGCAAAGAGAAGCAAAAGCUGCCUGCCUUUCUUCAUUCCUACUUGGGAGCGCUAGUGAAGAUGAUAGAAGCGUUAUGGAGUGCACACCGCGGCGGACAGCACAUCAGCGUUUCGUCCUUGAAAUCUGUGCGUAAGUUGUUCUGGGCUUUCUUUGCACUUGCCGAAGGAUCAGGAUUCGACCGCGCCACUUUCCAGACGUACCUGAAGAUGCUGUCAUCUGCCAUCCCGAUGAAAAUCGAGCCCGCUGUGCCAAUGUUUACAGACAUAAACACGACCCUUUCAAAGCAAAUCGCAGUAUUCGGCUCCGAGGUGCAGCUGACAACUGGCUUGGGCAUUGAGCGAGUAUGGCGUCACUUCAGGCCCGCUCCCUGCAAAACCCUGGCCCAGCUUACAUCUAUCCUCCAGCUCGAGAGCCUAGCUGAUAGACUGGAUUCCGUCAUGUGGAGAUCAAGCCUGACUCUCGCUGAGAUGACACAGAUCCGCGAAAGGAUCGCAGUCUCGUUGGAUCUUGCCCGCAAAGAUGAGGUCGAUGCGGCAGAGCUUAUUGCAGGCCUCACUCCUGCUGUGGCUGAGCUGGAGUCAAGCGCGACAGAAUACGACAUCGUCUCCACGCCAUAUUUCGAAACAGAAUUUGAAGGUUUCUGCCAGUUCCUAGAUGUGGCUUCUAGCGAUCAUCAGAGCACAAGGCUGCUGUACCAGAGUCCUUCAGCUACAGUUCUCUCGACACGAGCAAAGUCAGCUUUGUUGGCACGUCGACCUACCAAGCUAGCAACUGUCGCUGUCGGAAGUUCGCAAACGCCUACGGAGCAUUUCGCCAAGCUGUAUCGCCAUCUCGGGCUCACGCGUCAGCCUGCAGAGGCCAUGGCACUCAUGGGACGAUUCCAUGUGUCAAUACUUUCCAAGCUACAUGGCGCCGAUGAAGUCCAGCUUGCACAACUUCAUCGCUUCGAAACCGAACUACAAGUGAUUGCGCAGCACAUUGCUCUUGAGGUAGGCCGAAUCACAGACGAUUACGUCCGUGCAAAUGAACGAUUAUACUUUGAUAUAUAUAGCGAGUUGUAUGCAUCGCACUGCGUAGAUAUAUGUCAAAAGCUUGAUGACGGCAAGGUAGCAUUCUACGACAGCGCACCGGUGUCUGGCCUGUAUCGAUCGACGCUACAAAAAGGAUUCGAAAGAUGCGCCAGUUCGACCUCCGCUAGCGUAGAUGCAAACGCAUGGAUCCAAUUAGGCCUGUUCGGCUUGAGUCUUAAUGUUCCGAACUAUCCACAUGAUCCUGCUCUGAGGCCAAUGAUUGAGCGCAAGAUGUUCAACGAUGAAAGGCAACGUCUUCACCAGGCCCUGACUGCGCUCCGACAAUUCCAGAACGACUUCACUGGUCAGGGCACGAGCUUCCUCAUCCGGCAAGUUGAGACUGCAAUUCAGCAAAUGGGCGCAGAGCCACCCGUACCUGCCGUCGUCCGACCACUAGUUUCCGAGUUGGAUGACCUGCAGGGCGAAUUCACCAAUUUGCUUAGCAUAAUUCGACCUCUUCUCGACGACUCCAUGAGCGUAGAGGAAGCGAUCCAAGAUACAACGCUCCAGCAAAACAUAGCUCGUGUUAUCCAACGACUGACCGAGGGCUACCGUGCCUACGACGAUAUCACUGAUACUGUGGUGGGCUUCUUGGUAUGCUUGAAUGUUGGCCUCCGUGAUGGGCCGAAAGGAAGCCAUGGCACUAUCAUCAAGAGCCUGGAGUACAUCUCCAACAAUACACCCUUCUUUGGUCGCCAAAGUUUGAUCGGAAGGACAGAUGAUAUCAUCAAACGGCUCGAAAAUGGGUUGGACCAAGGCGAGCAUGCUAUCGAUGUGCGAUGGCACGCUUUGCACAUGCUUCUGCUUGUGAAGAGCACAGAUGCCCAGGCCAUGUCGAAGUCCGCGGCGAGGCGUUUGGUGCACAAUCUAUUCACGAGCUUUUACGCAGAUUGGAAGAGGAAGUUACUUCAGGAUCAAGAGAAACAAGCUAAGGAUUCGAGCUUAUACACCUAUCGCGGCAUGGAUGAGGAGAAUGACGAAGAUGACCCGACCCUCUUCCCAGACUACGAAGCAGAGCAAGAGAUUCUAGAAGAAUCCACGGCAGCGUUUAUCGCUUCCAGAGAUCACGAAAUACGUCUCGCAAAUCUCCAUGCCGAUCUGUUUGGCGAAGGUCGCGACGCUUCGCAAACUAUCAAGACUUUACUGACCUGGUCUGCUUCAGAGCUCCGACGUGUGUCUGACGGUAAAUCUCGAUGCACUAGAUACGAGGACGCAAUCCCAGUUAUAAUCCUGACGCUGGAGGACAAAGCGAACGCUCUAUCGACAUCGGGCACUGGAAAGACUUAUAAUUUCUACUUUGAUGCGAAUCUGCCUGAGGCCAAGCGCCUCAUGACUCUGGUCCAUCGAAUUCAAGCUCGCUAUCGACAGAUUCGUGACGUUUGGCCCGAGCACGCUACACUGUCAGAUGUAUUGCGCACUUGUGACGAAACACUUGAAUUCCGCCACGUUGAUCCCGUUGCAAAAUUCAUCACAAAAGCGGAGAAGUUAUACGCAUACAUGCAUGAGUGGCAAAAGGUUGCAAGCAAAGAGUACAGCACAGCAAACCUUUACGAUGAUCUCACUCGACUGCUGGUGAGCUGGCGCCAGCUUGAGCUCACCACUUGGGCAAGGCUUUUCGACCUAGAGGCUGAGAAGCUGCGCAGCGAUGCAAAGACUUGGUUCUUCGUCGCUUACGAGACGAUCAUCGCUGCGUCUGAGGGCACCCAGGACGAGAUAAGCAUGAGGACACAUGCGAAGAAUUUGCUCGAUUCACUCAAGGGCUUCUUCGAUAGCACGACGCUUGGACAGUUUGAGCAACGUAUCAAGCUCCUUCAACAGCUUCGCGCGCAUGCUGCCAUGCGCAUGGAAGAUGUCGAGACUUUCAAAAUCCUACAUACUGCACUCGACAACUUCAUCGCUUACCAUGCGCGCCUGACAAAGCCGGUGAACGAGGCCCUCACGAAGGGACGGCAGAACCUGGAAAAGGAGGUCAGCAACGUCAUUAAGCUCGCCAGUUGGAAGGACACGAAUAUUGAAGCCCUAAAACAAAGCGCGAAGACAAGUCACAAGAAGUUGAGCAAGUGGGUGCGCAAGUUUAGAGCGCUUUUGAACAAGCCAGUGUCCAGCAUCAUGGGCACCGGGCUGCCAGACGAGUCUCACAUUUUUCAACAAGUCACACUGGCAACUGUAUCAACAGAUAUCGAGCCAGUGGCACUCGAUCUAUGUGUCAACAAAAUUUCUGGUUGGACUGAGCGACCAGCGCGAUUCAGGAAGCUUCCUGUCACGGUCAAGAUGAUGCACAGUUUAGCUACUCCACGUAUCGAUGCUGUCGAUGGUGCUGCGUACAUCGAAAACUUUGUCACGGAGCUUGCUGGGUCUAUCUUAGAGCUUCAGAAAGCCACGCCAACAACUCUUACCGAAGAUAACAAAGAGACUGUGCAGCAUUUGAAGACACAGAAGCGCAAAGUGUACGCCGAUACGAUGAAGGAGCUGCGUCAAAUGGGCAUCAAUUCGAAUCUCAGUGUUGACACCUUGGUUCAGCAGUACGACCUGUCUACCGUUUUGUCGUCGGCGCCAUUAAUUUGGCAAGGAAAGGAAGCUCUUGGGGCAGCGGCAGAAUAUCACCUCCACAAGGCUUUGAACAUCAUGAUCCAGGUCCGAGGAAUUUCCAAGGAACACUCAGGCGAUCUAACGCCGAAUGACGUCGCGAAGAGCAUUGGCUAUCUGGAAGGCCUCCUUCACAUCACAAUUCGCCAGCGCAAAGUGCUGAGUAGGGCAUCCGAACAUCUCGGAGUAAUCGCGACACCAAUGUCUUUGGUAGAACACCUAGGUGCGGCCAGUCACCAAUCCCUCUUCUGGACACCGGAAGAGAACAUUGAAGCGAUCUCUUCUCUUCAGCCCAACCUUCGAUGGCUCGUUGUCGGGCUCAAGACAGGCGCGGAUAUUAUCUCCGCGCAGGCGAAGUUAGGAAAAACAGGGGAGCUUGACAACUUAAUUUUGCGGAUUGCUGUGACCAGUUGCCCAAAAAUGCCAAUCAAUGUCCAGUCUGAGGCCCAUGUCAUGCUUGAAGAUGCUGUCAAGGCGGAGAGGAAUGAGUUCCAGAACACGUUCAAAGCCUGGAUCGAAGACAACGAUAUGCCGAGGGUUGUUCUUCGACAGAUGCACUCAUUCCUGUUCAAACACCCCGAAGUCAACACCAUCCCAUUCUUGGAAGAAUCGCGCGCUUCGCUGGAAACACAAUCGAAAGAAGUCUUUGCUGUGCUAGACCUGAUACUCGGCUCUAUGCAAGAUGUUGAGGCGGCCCUGAAGGAUGUACCGGCGUCCACCGAGGAUGCAUCUUGGCUUGUGAAGGAAGAGAGGGCAUUGUCAGCCGCGCUUAGUGCCCUUCAUGCACCUCAGAUCAGCAUCGCGAUACAGAUAUUACUCGACAAGAUGCGUAAUCUACACGAAAGCACUAGUCUUCAAGCCAUGGCAGGUCUGUUCGCUUCAGUAAAACCGAUUCUGGAUCAGUAUGCCAAUUCCCACGAAUAUCUUGUGAAGCGCUUCGACAAUCUACAUGCUUCAACUGCAUCGCUGCUGCACCGGCUUUCGAAAUCGUUCAUCCAAAUCGGUAGCUCGGGCUUUUGUCAACCAUCCGAGAAGGGUCCCGAUCAGCAGAAGGGCCAGAACGAUAAGCUCGAAGAGGGUACCGGUCUUGGUGCUGGCGAGGGAGCGGAAGAUAUCUCAAAGGACAUUCAAGAUGACGAGGAUCUUGAAGACUUGGCUCAAGAGAAGGGCGAGCGUGAAGGCAGCAUUGAGGAGAAUGAAGAUGCGGUCGAAAUGGGUGAGAAUGAGAUGGAAGGAGAGACAGAGGAGGUUGGCGAAAAUGAAGACAAGGGCGAUGAGGAUGGUAAAGAAGGCGAGGAUGAUGUACAAAGUGAGGUGGGCAGUGUCGAUGAUCUUGGACCAAGUGCUGUCGACGAGAAGAUGUGGGAUGAAGGUGGUAACGAAGACGACACCAAAGAGAAAGAGGGCAAAGAAGAUGUUGGGACGGAAAAUAAAGAUGAGCAGGUAGCUGCUGAGAAGAAGGAGAAGGAGAAGGAAAAAGAUGGAGACGACGGCGACGAGAAGAAAGACGAAGAAGGGAGGGAAGAGGAUGAAGAAAUGGACAUGGAUGGAGAAGACCAGGAUGAAAACGUGGGAACUGGUGAGACAGAGAAGAUGGAUCCGCAUGCGAAGGAGGAAGAAACGCUCGAUCUUCCUGAGGAUCUCAACAUUGAUGGUCAGGACGAUGAAGGGAAAGAUGAUGACAAUCUUGGCGAUAUGGAUAUGGGAGACGAUCUGCCAGAAGAGGAUAUGGAUGAGCCAGAUGCCAGUGCUCAGCCAGAUACUGUCGACAAUGAGAUUGGGCCUGAAGAGCAAGGUGAAGAAGAAAAGGACACAACUGGCCAUAUCGAAGACGAAGAUCAGCCGCCGGAAGACCAAGAGGAAGAUGUUGACCAGCCCAUGGACGAUGAGGCAGUCCCUCUUCCAGACGACAAUACACCCGAGGACUCAAAUCAAGACACAAAGGAUACGGACCAAGCCGACCCCAAUGCCGACGCUGGCGCUGGGACCGAAGCCAAUGAGGAAGCGCACAAGAACAAGAACGAACAAGCUUCCCCCAGUGCUGCGAAUCAAGACGAAGGGCAAGAAGGCGAUGCAUCGGAACAAAAGCAAGAGACAACUGCUGAAGACGGAACACUUGGACAGACAGCCCAACCCGAUGCCGGUGGUCGUGGUGAGCAACCGGAAGAGUCACGCGAGACUCAGUCAUUCAAGAAGCUCGGCGAUGUGUUAGAAAAGUGGUACAAUCAGCAGAAGCAGAUCUCCGAAGCGCGCGAGAAAGAAGAGAGUCAAGCUCAGCAGAUUGAGAAGGAGGUCGACAUGGCCGAUGCUGACUUCGAGCAUGUGCAAGACGACGAGACUCAGGCCGACACGCAAGCGCUGGGUACGGCAACUGAAGAGCAGGCGACGGCGCUCGAUCAUGACAUGGCGCUACCUGUCAACGACGAAGACGAUAAGAUGCCGACUCGGCCUGAGGACGACCAGGAGCAAGAAGUGGACGCCAAGCAAGACGUUGACAUGCAAGAUACCGACCAAGAUAAGGCACCAGAAGAGCAGCCACAAUCGCAUGCGUCCGAAGGCCAGCCUCAAGCUUUUGUUGGCGAGCAACAGACCUAUGAGCACGACGAAGAUGAAGAUAUGGAGGAUGCACAAUCUCUCGAGGAGGAGGCCUCUAAUGCCUCCUCAGUCAACGAUGUUGAGACACAACUCAAGCUCACCCAUCUGGAAGCCACAACCAUCACGCCAGACACCGCUCGUGCGCUCUGGCUUGCUCAUGAAUCUGCUACUCAUUCCCUUUCUCAGCAAUUGACCGAACACCUCCGCCUCAUCCUCGCACCCACGCUCGCCACCAAGCUCCGCGGCGAUUUCCGCACCGGCAAGCGUCUCAAUCUCAAACGCAUCAUUCCGUACAUUGCGUCCGGCUACAAGCGCGACAAGAUCUGGCUGCGUCGCAGCCAGCCCAGCAAGCGCAGCUACCAAGUCAUGAUCGCCCUCGAUGACAGCAAGAGUAUGGCCGAAAGCGGCGCCAGCAGUCUUGCCCUAAAGACACUAACACUCGUCACUCGCUCUCUCGCCAUGCUCGAAGUUGGCGAGGUUAGCGUCGUCGGGUUCGGCUCUAAUGUCAACGUCGCGCACGACUUCGACAAGCCGUUUACAUCCGAAGCCGGCGUUCGUGUAUUCGAGCAAUUCGGCUUCGACGCCGUGAAGACGAAUGUCCGUGGCCUUGUCAAUCGCAGUCUGGAGUUGUUUAGAGAUGCGAGAGCGACAGGAUCGAGUUCCUCGGGUGAGGAUCUGUGGCAACUCAUGCUCAUUGUGUCUGAUGGGAUUUGCGAUUCGCACGCUGAGAUUCAGCGUUUGAUACGCAAGGCGCAGGAAGAUCGGGUCAUGAUUGUGUUUAUCAUCAUUGACUCUACUGCGCCGGCACCGAGUGUUGCGCCUGGCGACGAGGCCCCUGCGAAGGAGAAAGACAAGACAUCCAUUCUCGACCUGCAGUCCGUGGAGAUCACAAAAGAAGGUAAGGUGGUACGAUGGAAGUACAUGGAGCGGUUUCCUUUUCGGUAUUACCUGGUUGUGCGAGAUGUCAGGGAGUUACCGGGAGUCUUGGCAGGGGCAUUGAGGCAGUGGUUCGGAGAAGUUGCCGGAUCUGCAUAG